AUAUAUAAGUACCCAAAAUUUGAGGUUCCGUCAUUUACUCGGCUGCCCCAGUUUCUCUCUCUUAAAGGAACGUUCGUAGUUUUUCUGCUCCAUUAAAUUUAGAGAGAGAAAAACUUUGACAAAGUUGUGAACGGGAUAAUCUUUUCAUGGCGUUUCGCACUGCGAUCUCGAACAAGGUGAUCUCUCCCGCUCGGAGCUCCGUCACCGGAGCGAGAUCCAUGUCAUCUUGGUGGCAGAACGUCGAUCCGGCACCCAAGGAUCCGAUUCUCGGUGUCACCGAGGCUUUUCUUGCGGAUCCCAGUCCUGAUAAAGUCAAUGUUGGAGUUGGCGCGUACCGGGAUGAUAACGGAAAGCCUGUUGUUCUUGAUUGCGUUAGAGAAGCAGAGCGUCGGAUUGCGGGGAACUUGAACAUGGAAUAUCUUCCUAUGGGAGGGAGCAUAAAGAUGGUGGAAGAGACACUAAAGCUGGCAUAUGGGGAGAACUCUCAGUUCAUCAAAGACAAAAGGAUAGCGGCUGUGCAAUCUCUUUCUGGAACAGGUGCAUGCAGGAUUUUUGCAGACUUCCAGAAACGUUUUCAUCCUGAUUCCCAAAUCUAUAUACCAAUUCCAACAUGGUCCAACCAUCAUAACAUUUGGAGAGAUGCCCAGGUUCCUCAGAGGACUUUCCAUUACUAUCACCCAGAAUCUAAGGGGUUAGAUUUUGCUGGACUGAUGGAUGACAUUAAGAAUGCUCCAAAUGGUUCAUUCUUUUUACUUCACGCUUGUGCUCACAACCCAACAGGAGUGGAUCCUACUGAAGAACAAUGGAGAGAAAUCUCAUACCAGUUCAAGGUAAAAGGUCAUUUUCCCUUUUUUGACAUGGCAUAUCAAGGUUUUGCUAGUGGCGACCCAGAGAAAGAUGCAAAGUCCAUCAGGAUUUUCCUCGAGGAUGGCCACCUCCUCGGCCUUGCCCAGUCAUAUGCAAAAAAUAUGGGUCUCUACGGUCAGAGAGUAGGAUGCCUUAGCUUACUAUGUGACGAUGAAAAGCAAGCAGUGGCUGUAAAAAGCCAGUUGCAGCAGCUUGCCAGACCCAUGUAUAGUAACCCACCUGUGCAUGGAGCACUCGUAGUCUCAAUCAUUCUUGAUGAUCCAGACUUGAAGAAAUUGUGGCUCAAAGAAGUCCAGGGCAUGGCCGACCGCAUUAUUGGAAUGCGAACUGCUUUAAGAGAAAACCUUGAGAAGUUGGGUUCGACUUUAUCGUGGGAGCACAUAACCAAUCAGAUUGGCAUGUUCUGCUACAGUGGGAUGACACCUGAACAGGUCGAUCGUUUGACCAAUGAAUUUCAUAUCUAUAUGACUCGCAAUGGUCGUAUAAGCAUGGCGGGUGUUACGACUGGCAAUGUUGGGUGUCUGGCAAAUGCUAUACAUGAAGUGACCAAAUCCAAAUAGAGCUCGUAGAGGCUAACAGGUUCAACACAACUGCAAAUGUCACAUACAUUUUUUAUUAAUUAUUUGGCUAUAAUCCCCCUGUAAUUGUUAAGGGGGGGCAAUAAAUUAUAAAAAGGAAAUCAAGAUAAUUUCUUGGCUACAUAUUCAAUUGUUCUUCCUCCAUUUUUGUUUGGAGGAUAUUGUAGUUCUUGUUUAGAAUCUCACUUCUUUAUACAGAAACUAUGAAGAGAGCAACAUUUUUACAUGAACAAAACAAAUAUCUAUUGAAGAAUAAAAUGGUGAUUUUUAUUAUUAU